GCAACAGAUAGGCAGUACAAACCAGAGUGAACAGAGCCCGGCUUUGACGGCCUACACGAGGUAGCGGCCAAUACUAAGUACAUGGCCUAGAUUGAACGUUGGUAUGGAAAUCACGUGAACACAAUGAUCACACUCUCGAUGCAGGAACUAGACAAAUUAAGCGUUGGUAUCACCCGUGUGUUCAGUUAAUCAUAUUUUGAAUUAAUUAAAUAUUAUCAUAUCUAUAGAAGUUAUAUACCUUUCAGAAAAGUAAAAAAGCUGAUCUGAGUUUACUACUUGAUCAUUGAGAGAUUUCCUGGAAACGAUUCUAGAUUGUGUUUGACAAGGUUCGAUGCAAAACAACCGCCGAAUUGCAUUUUUUCAUUAAGAAUGCAGGAUAGCAGUUCAUCGUGAUUGCUUGACAAGAUCCACCAAAUGUUUCCAAAUCGUCAGAGGAUGUAAUCGUGUAGAAGGACUGUCGGAUUAAUCUGAUACAGUUUUCCUGGUGUAUAUAUAGAUAUAAAGUGUUUAAGGUGUACAGCUGCACUAGAGUUUUAAUAUAUACUCGCAUAAUAUAGGAUUUAUCUACUUUCAGUAUCGUGUUUGUAAAUACUUAAUAUUGUUGUGUCAUAAGCAAGCUCGAUUUGUUUAUGUAAAAUAGCGGCGAAAUACCGCCACUGUCGACAUUAAGUUGCUGUACUUAUCUAUAUUGUUUUUGGUGUCGUGGAUAUAAGUUUGCUAUAGUUACUUCUCCAAUGGAAGGUGCGCUCCGAUAACUAAAAUAGCCAGCCGGAACUGUCAUGGAAUAUAUGGAAGUGUUUGCUGUAUUCAGAGCCAUUUUGGGCCGUGUUUAUUGCUUGGUGUCUCUGUGUUGGAUUUUACAUGUUGGAUCAUUCAUUCAUUUAUUUGCUGCAUUCUUUACAGGUAUUCCUAUGAUGACGGCGAUUGAUUUCCAGUCGACACUUGACCCCAAGUUUAACCCCACACCUACAAACGUCACAUUCAUGAGAGGGGAUCUAGCCAUCCUGUCCUGUUCAGUAGAAAACCUGGGCACAAAAUAUGUGAUCUGGCGCCGGACGGCAGAUCCCAAUCCACUAUCAAUAGGCAACACUGUGUUUGUGGCAGACGAUCGGUAUCACGUCAACUAUAUAGACUACAGAGUUCAGUGGGAUUUAUACAUCAAAAACGUCAGUCGAAAAGACGCAGGCCUUUACGAAUGUCAAGUCAGCUCGCGAGAACGAAAUAUACGACGAGUUGUUUUCUUAACGGUAAUAGAACCACCAGCAACGAGUCCAAAGCCGACAUCUAAACCAAAAAUUUUAAUCACCGGAUCCGAGUUUGUAGAGAUAGGCAACAAAAUCUACCUCAUGUGUAACGCCACAACAGAUGACUUCCCUAACGACGAUUUAGAUUGGUUUAAAGAUGGACAUGAAAUAAUACAAAAUAAAAAUGACCAACAUAUCACUAUAACAAAAUUUGUGUCCUUAAUAGACAAAUUAAUAUACAGUGUAUUAACUGUGAAUAAUGUGAAAAUGGAGGAUGCUGGGAAAUAUGUGUGUAGAACUUCCGACCUCCAUAUCACAAGUACGCUUGUCAACGUCCUCAGUGAGCCCGACAAGCACGGGGAGCUGAUAGAUCCUACCCAUCCUCCCGGUGCUAAAUCAUCUAUAAUUAGAAGAAGCGAAACAGCAGAAACAGACUCAACUAAUGGUUAUUCAUCGGCAGCAUCAUCCCUUUAUGUGUUAUUACCACUAUGUACAAUUCCAUGGACGUUAUAUAUACUUGUCUCAACGUGAUCCACAUCUUUACUGUUGUUUGAAUAAAUCGUUAUUUUUCUUUCUUAUCAAUCAAUACU